CAAAUGGCGAACUACUAUUCUCGUUCACCCCCACCACUCCAACACCCGGUACCUACUCAUCCAGCCUUCAUCCCAGAACCACCAGCCACGCCCGUUUCCCCACAGGGAUACCAGCGUUACACGUCUUCCCCGCCUGCAGCUGGCUCUCAUUCGCAGGCUAAUAUAAAUCAUCCUUCGGCAGUUGGAAUGGCGGCUGCCGCUGCUGCUUCUGGAUAUCCACAAUUUCAACCGCAGGUGCAGGGGACGAUGCACCCGGGGGCACAACCCGCGCCUGGACAUGGUGUGCCGGACUUCUCGUCCUGGGGGAUUGAUGGCGCGACGGCGCAGUUGGGGAUGCAGUUAGGACAGAAUGCAGUGAAUGUGGGCCAGCAGUACAUGCAGAAAAAUCUCGGCGGGAUAUUGCCCACAACACAACUGAAAUAUCAAUUCAACGUCUCCAACUCGUAUGUCAUCCGUAAACUCCGACUGCUCCUCUUCCCGUGGCGACAUCGUCCUUGGAAUCGAAAACUACGUCGGUCAGAACAAGGUCUUUCCGAGUUUCAGCCACCACGAGAUGAUAUAAAUUCGCCAGACCUCUACAUUCCUACAAUGGCUUUCGUCACAUAUAUUCUUCUCGCCGCUCUUCACUCCGGCCUGCAGUCCCGCUUCGACCCUGAAAUCCUCGGAAUCACAGCGUCCACUGCACUUCUCAUCAUGUUGCUCGACUUUUGCGUCCUGAAGGGCGGUUGUUAUCUGCUUGGAAUACAGAACACUGCGCCGGUGGUCGACGCAGUCGCAUAUGGUGGCUACAAGUUCGUUGGUGUGAUCUUGACCAUAAUCAUCGGCCUACUAAACCCAGGCCGGACAAUUUGGAGCGUGACAUUCCUCUACGCCUUCUUAGCAAACGCUUUCUUCCUCCUCCGCUCACUCCGUUCCGUCGUCCUCCCAGACGCAUCAGCCCCACCAGCCGUCGGCACCGUCUCACACGCCCAACGUUCCCGCAGAAUCACUUUCCUCUUCAUCGUCGCCGUCACGCAGAUAUUUUAUAUGGGACUUUUGGUCCGAGUGUAACCGACUAGUAUAGCUAUUUCUCCCGCCUCGGUACUUUUGAAAUACACUACUCUACAAGCUGUUGGCGCGUUGAACGCUUUAUAUAUAGGAGCGGGAGAGGAUGGGCUGGCGGCAUUAGUCCAAGGAGUAUGAA